AUGGCUACCAACGGCGAUUUACCAUCCGACGAUGAGUUCUCGCAGCCAGGGAGCCCCCCUGGAGAGGAGAACGACGUCGAUGAUGUAGAAGAAACUAAUCAACCACCCAAGUCGUCCCUAAAGAAAAACACCUCUGCGGCCAUCCCAGAAACCCAGGUCGCUCGUCCUAUUCUCCCCGAACAACCUGAACCCAAAGACCUCGAUCUCUCUACUCUCACUCCUCUGUCACCUGAAAUCAUCUCCCGACAGGCCACCAUAAAUAUCGGUACCAUCGGCCAUGUCGCUCACGGGAAAUCGACGGUCGUCAAGGCUAUUUCCGGUGUCCAGACGGUCCGGUUCAAGAACGAAUUGGAGCGGAACAUCACCAUCAAAUUGGGUUAUGCCAAUGCAAAGAUCUACAAGUGUGACAAUGAGGCAUGCCCUCGGCCCACAUGUUACAAGAGCUACAAGUCAGAGAAGGAGGUUGAUCCUCCCUGUGAGCGAGAAGGCUGCGGUGGCACCUACCGUCUGUUACGUCAUGUCUCCUUUGUGGAUUGCCCUGGCCACGAUAUUCUCAUGAGCACCAUGUUGUCAGGUGCCGCUGUCAUGGACGCUGCCCUGCUACUCAUCGCCGGCAACGAAAGCUGCCCGCAACCCCAGACUUCGGAGCAUCUCGCAGCUAUUGAAAUCAUGAAAUUGAACCACAUCAUCAUCCUCCAGAACAAAGUCGACCUCAUGCGGGAGGAAGGCGCACAAUCUCACUUCGAGUCGAUUCUGAAAUUCAUCAAAGGCACAGUCGCUGACGGAUCACCCAUCAUUCCCAUCUCUGCACAACUCAAGUAUAAUAUCGAUGCAAUCAACGAAUAUCUCGUCACCAAGAUCCCAGUCCCCAUCCGAAAUUUCCAAGAUGCUCCUCACAUGAUCGUUAUCCGAUCUUUUGAUGUUAACAAGCCCGGCGCUGAGAUUGAAGACCUGAAAGGAGGUGUGGCUGGUGGAUCGAUCUUGACCGGCGUGUUGAAGCUCGGUGACGAAAUUGAGAUCCGACCUGGCAUUAUCACCAAGGACGCACAGGGCCAGACCAUCUGUAAACCCAUCAUGUCACGCGUUGUCUCUCUAUAUGCAGAACACAACGAUCUCAAGUUCGCCGUCCCUGGCGGUCUCAUUGGCGUGGGAACACGCAUUGAUCCCACUCUUUGCCGAGCCGAUCGUCUUGUCGGACACGUACUGGGUCUCCGAGGCCAACUUCCGGAAAUCUACAUGGAACUCGAAGUCAACUACUUCCUCCUCCGCAGACUGCUAGGUGUCAAGACUGCCGAUGGCAAGCAGGCCAAGGUCGCUAAAUUGGCGAAGAACGAGGUUCUCAUGGUAAAUAUCGGUUCGACAGCAACGGGUGCGAAAGUUAUGGGCGUCAAAGCCGAUGCUGCGAAAUUGACACUCACCAACCCUGCUUGCACAGCUAUUGGCGAGAAGAUCGCUCUCAGCAGACGUAUUGAAAAGCAUUGGCGUUUGAUUGGUUGGGCGAACAUUGUUGCUGGAAACACUGUUGAGCCUGAGAGCUCUUGA